AUGCUGGCCGGUCUCCUGACUGGGGACAAAACCAAUUCCAUUGGUGGCUGCAUCACACGAUGUUACUUUGUUGGUUUCUUUGCAGCCACUGAGAGUUAUCUCCUAGCCGUGAUGUCUUAUGACCGGUAUCUAGCAAUAUGCAAACCACUGAAUUAUGCAGCCUUUAUGAAUGGCUGUUUCUGCCUCCAACUAGCAGCUGGGUCUUGGGUAAGUGGGUUAUUGGCUAGUUCCAUAGUAACAGGUAUGUUAUUACAAUUAACUUUCUGCGGUCCCAAUGAAAUUGAUCAUUUCUUCUGUGAAGUUACACAAAUAAUAAAUCACUACUGCAAUGAUAUCUACCAUUUGGAACUUGUACUUACCAUUCUGUCUGCUUUAUUCACAUUGCCCCCAUUUGCUUUAACUGUGAUGUCCUAUGUUUGUAUCAUCUCCACCAUCCUGCGAAUCCCUUCCAACACUGGGAGGCAAAAGGCCUUUUCCACCUGCUCCUCUCACCUGAUCGUGGUGACAAUUUUCUAUGGGACCCUGAUCAUUGUGUAUCUGCUACCAAAAACCAAUACACUCAGAGACCUCAACAAAGUGUUCCCUGUCUGCUACACAAUUCUGACUCCUCUGGCCAAUCCCUUCAUUUACAGCCUGAAAAAUACAGAGAUAAAAGAGGCACAGAGAAAAAUUUUCAGUGAAUGUGUACAUUUUAGAAGACUUCAAAAUUGCUACUGUAGUUUUUGA